CAGCAUUUCGCUUGUGUGUGUACGAUGAACAACAACGUGGAGAGCAACACCACCACCACCAACGUCGUCGGCACCCGGCACAAGAAGUUUAGCAUCAAGCGAUGGGUCAAGAAGACAUGGGCCAAGCAGAAGCAGCAGCAGCGACGAAGCGCAGACGCCAACCAAUUGAAGCGAACGCAGCGCCAGAAAGGCACGAAGAAGUCGGAUGAAGAAGCCAUCGGUGGCAGUGGCCCCGAGGUUGCCGAUAGGUCGCAUCCGUUGCGAAACGACAACAAUAGUCAUGACGAGGGUACUUCGAUGCACGACGACGACUUGAACCCCCACGACAAUAAUCAAAUGGACGUGGUACAACGCCAGAUCUCCCACGCAGGACCUUACACCGAGUCGAUUACGAUUGAGAAUCCUCUUUGCACCAAUAAGACAUCCCAGUACAGCUGUGACAAACCAUCAGCAGCACCACAGCACCAUCACGAGGUGGAUGCUGCUCCAACCGAUGUCACAUUCCAGCGUGAACGCAUCGUCCGUGGCUCGAGUAUUACCACCAACCACAGCCGCCCCAUACCAUCGCGACAAGCUCUUGUGAGCCAAAUCAACCACCUUCCCGUCGACCCGCGGGACUUUUUACGUGGCAUCCAACGGCCACAACAAGGCAACCAUACGCGCGUUGAAGUGUUGGCCAAACACUUGAGUCCCCAGUUUACGGGGCCGAUUGCAAAGGUGCUGGGAGCGAUGCAGAUCGACGACGACGACGACGACAGUAGUAGCAGUAGUAGCGGCGACGCCGACGCGUGGAAGUAACAACGUGCGUGUGGUUUUGCUUUUGAUAAUUUACACUGGUACAAACUACGUACGUACGUGGUCGUCGGUCAUGGCGAGUCGCGUCCUGUAUCUCAGACGAUAAUGGCGCUCCAAUCGGAUGCCGGUCGAGGCGUGACCGCCUCGGGCGGGCUUGUUCGCUGCGGGGAACCUCGGACAGCUCGAUAAACCAUGCGCGGGUCCAUCAACGCGGGGUUGCCAAAUAUGUCGUGGGUGUUGGCGUACUUGAGCAGGUCGUCGCGUGUGAACCGCGCGUCCAGCUUGUCGUGCGAGUACGUGUACGACCCCCCCUUCUCUGACAGCUUGGGGGCCACAGACCGCCAUCCGCCGUGGUUGAACUGCUGCAGGACUUUGGUGCGGAAACUCACGUCCUUUGCAGGCGAGAGCAGCCGCGAUUGGGUUUUCUCGACGACUUGGGGCGUCACAUAGGACGAUGAUGGGGACGAAGCGUUGCUGGUGAGAUGGCCCAUCGCCGUGUUCAAGAUGUCGUCCAUGCCCACGUCGCGGCACGCAACACCAGGACGCGACGGCGUGUACUGGGUCUGCUCGGGCGACGGUACGUCGUCGCACACGGUGUCUUGGAUGAACGACGCCAUGGACUCGUCGGAUUUGGCCUCGACGGGCGAGUUGGCGUUCAUGAUGGUUGAAAUGAGCGCCGCGUUUGUUCGUCGCUUCUUUGGAGACGUCGAGCUGGAACCGCCUGUGAUGGCAUGCCACGGUCGCUUACCAGGCGACUCGAGCGACCAGUUGCACCCGUGCGAAGUACUUAGUUGGGUGGUGGUGGUGGUGGCGGCAGUGGGUGGUGGUGGUGUGCCCACGAGGUUGAGGAUAUCCAUGAGGGAUGACGACGUCAUGGGCGAUCCGUUGAGCUUGUCGUUGAUGGAAUCCAAUUGAAGCUGGUUCUUGGUCUUGGGGGGAGAAAUGCCGAGUGGGGGCGACUGGCUUUGUUCAUACUUGAUCAUAGCAGGCAAACCUGUUUGUAGGGCAGAGCCCGGGACGACGGGGGACGCCGACUUGUGGAUGGGUUUGAUCUGUGUGGGGGUGGGGGCGGCAGCUGGACGCGAUGGCUUGGACGUCGGCACCCCCUCUGCAACGCAUGUCUGCUUUCUGUCGUUGUCCGCGGCUACUUUAGAGCUGUUUUGUUUCGUUGGCGUAGUAGAGGCUUCUUCUGGGGUUGGUUUUACGUGGGGCGUGGAAGGGGGCGACCGCUUCGCGGGCGAUGCGAGGGCUUCCUUCUUGGGGGAUUGGUUACGUGUCGCAGGGUCGGGAUGGUGCUUUUUCACCACUGCAGACGACAGUUUGGUGGACAAGUUCUUCAAGUACAGCGCGCUCGUGGACGUGAUGACCGUGUCGCAGGAAUCCUGCUUGAACUUGGACGGCGACUUGGCUUUAGUCGGCGUCUUGGGUUUCGACGACUUGGUCGCCGGGAUUUUGGAAGGGGGGGUCGAAGUCUUUCUAGGUGCCUUGGCCAAUACGUGGUCGACACAGGGAGACGCCGCAGCACGAGAGCUUGCUUUGGAUGUUCGCGGCGAGGCUUUCGCGUGAACGCUGGCAGCUCUGGGUGACUUUGAAGGCGAUGCUUGUUCCAUCUUCAACUUGGUUUGGGGGGACUUUCGUUUUGAAGGGGUCGUGGUUGGCGUGGAUGCUUUUACAUUCCGCGGCGAUGUACGUGUGGGGGUGCUCGCAGCGGCGUCGGACGGAAGUUUGCGCGGCGUGGAUGGCCGUUUUGGGGACUUCGCUUUCGACGGACUUGAUUUGGAUCGAGGGGUCGCCGGGGACUUCAUGUGGACUUCGUCUAACGACAACCGCACAGAAAUCGAUCGCGUGAUGCGAAGGGAAGGGCUGGAUGGAGCAGCAGCUUCUGUCGUGUCGACCACUUCAGUACUUGACGGGAUUACCUCACCUGCGACGGAAUCGACUUUGACUGGUGCUGUUGAUGCAGUAUGCGCCUUGACGGAUUCAACAACGAGUGCCUCUUGUGACGUGACAGUACCCACUGCAUGGACGACCAGCUCGGACUUGGUAGGCAUGUGCUCGUCGGAGAUUUCUUCGACUGAAGGUGAUCCAUCAACCGAACCUGUUGCGGGACUGGUCUUGUGUCGCUUGACUGGGGAAUCUUUUCGCGGCGACACAACUUGCUUUCGUUUGACAUUGGUGACAAUAGGUGCAAGGUACGCUUCGACGGCGUCGAUGGUGGACUCGAACAGGUUGACGCUUGGUAGCAGUUCGUCCAGGUCGAGGUUGGGCAUGACAUACCAUGGGGACUUUCCUUGACGAUGAAGAAGUUUCCAUCCCAAGGUCAUUCGCAUGUGGUCCCACAGGAAGGGCUGGAUGUGUUCAAAUGCUGUCGUGUUAUGCAGCGCGAAGGUCACGGCUUCACCUUUCGUGCCAAACGCCGUCGCGUUCUUCUGGAACGCAUCGACAGAGUCGAUGUCAGGGCUGAUGUAGCAGUACUUGGUCGCACUGAGCUCCAUCUCUUCCCAUCCUUGGAGCUCCAGGCCCUUCCAUGCCGCGUCGGCCCAUGCUUCGUCCAUUUUGGUCGAG